UCCAAACCCGUCUUUAAUUCCUCAAAGAAACAUCAAUGGAAGCUAUGAAUUGGUGGCUCUCCUUCCCCUUGCAUGACAGUCUCAACCAAGACCUUGCCAUUAGAAGGUUUUGUCCGGAAAGAGUUGAGCAAGAACAUGGAAGUGAUGAGUCACUCAUGGAGGAGGCUAUGAUCAAUGAUUUUGAGUUGUUUUCUCCUUCUCCUCAUACUUCGAGCAAUCAUCACUUAGCCACUUCUGAGGUGGAUGAAUUGAUUGACAGCUUCAUCAACAUCGAUGAUGAUCGAAACGACGAUAACAAGUCCCCGGACGAGCACCAAGAUUUCAAUCAAGAUGACAUGGAGAUGGAAGUUUUUUCAAUGUUGGAAGGAGAUGAUGAGUUAUUAAUGGAGAUGAGAGGCUCUAGUGAAGAAGAUCUUGCUGGCAGCACUGAAAUUUUGCCUCCUAGUGUAAAUAUAGAACAAGUGAGUAGUACUCAUGGUGUGGAUCAAGGGCUCCAUCUGGUGCACUUGUUGUUGGCUUGUGCUGAGGCUGUCGGUUGCAGAGAUACCCAACUUGCAGACUCCAUUUUAGGCCAAGUUUGUGCAUCUUCAAGUCCCUGGGGAGAUUCAUUGCAGCGCGUAGCGUAUUGCUUUGCAACCGGGUUAAAAUCGAGGCUAUCCCUUCUUCAAAAUGUCAAUCCAAAUGGGUUAUUCACAAAUGGUGGAAUGGAUGUGUCUUUGAUCACUAGAGAGGAGAAAAUGGAAGCAUUUCAGCUUGUUUAUCAAACAACUCCUUAUGUUGCUUUUGGGUUCAUGGCAGCAAAUGAAGCUAUAUCUCAAGCUGCUCAAGGUAAGGACUCAUUGCAUAUAAUUGAUCUAGGAAUGGAGCACGCACUUCAAUGGCCUUCCCUUAUAAGGACACUGGCUUCAAGGCCAGAAGGUCCCCCGAAAAUCCGGAUCACGGGACUGAUCAUGGAACAGAAUUUAUCAGAACUCGGAGCAAGCAUGAAAGGCCUAAUCGAGGAUGCUAAAUCACAAGGUGUCUCUCUAGAGUUCGACAUGGUAUCAGAGCCCUUAACUCCAUCACUUUUAACCAGAGAAAAGUUAAAUUUGAGAGAAGGGGAGGCAUUAUUUGUGAAUGGUAUUAUGCACUUGCAUAAGUAUGUGAAAGAGAGUAGAGGCUCUCUUAAGGUUAUUCUCCAGGCAAUCAAGAAAUUAGGGCCAACAUUGCUUACAGUUGUGGAACAAGAUGCAAACCACAAUGGACCUUUCUUUCUUGGAAGAUUUCUGGAGUCACUACACUAUUACUCUGCGAUUUUUGAUUCGCUUGAGGCUAGUCUUCCACGAAAUAGUCCACAGAGGUUGAAGAUGGAGAGGAUUCAUUUCGCAGAGGAAAUCCGCAACAUUGUAGCUUAUGAAGGUUCAGAUAGGAUUGAAAGGCAUGAAAGAGCAGAUCAAUGGAGAAGGCAAUUAGGGCGAGCCGGGUUUCAUGUAAUGGGAUUGAAGUGUAUGAGUCAAGCAAGGAUGCUGCUAUCUGUUUAUGGUUGUGAUGGGUAUACUUUGUCUUUGGAGAAAGGUUGUCUCCUCCUUGGAUGGAAAGAUAGGCCUAUAAUGCUAGCUUCUGCUUGGCAAGUGAACAACAUUAAUCAUUAGUUACAUAGACUCUUCUUGUGAUAAAAAUCUUCAUAGACUGGCUCAUGGAAAUCAUUUUGAUUGUCCAAGGAUGUCUAAGGAAGUCCAUUGGCACUGUUGUAUUACAUAUUUGUAGCUUUACUACUUGUCAAAUUCUUUAUCAAACUUUGCUAGAAAUCAAUCAAAAGCACAAUCUUCCUUCAAACAAAUGGUACGUACUUGCAUGAGCAGUAACCCUUCAGAAUAAUAUCUUAUAAAUGAUCACAAUCUUUCAAUCCUCAACCUCAUAUACAAUCCAACAGAAUUUAUGUGAUUUUGAUUUCUAUGAAUAAUUUAUACAAGUAAUUAUCACGGAUUUCGGGGAAUUGACAAGGCGAAACUGAUCACAAGUAUAGCAAGCCAAUUUGCCGGUAGAAACUCUGGCAUCCUUCUCUUCUCCAUUAGCCUGAUUUGGGGUGUUUCUUUGGUGACUAUAUAAAUAAAUCAGCUUGAACCUUGUCAUACACAAAUCAAAUGUAACUAGAAUCCCCCAGUAGUAGAUCAAGCAUGUCUUGAGGAGUUAGAAGAGUUGUUCCAUCAAGAAGCAACUCAAUAUCAGGUCUUUUGCUUUCAGAUAAUGCCUCAAGCACCUUGCAUUCAAAAGAACAUAAUUGUCAGUUCUCCAUAUUUGUAAACUGUAACGGUGAAUCACCAAUAAAAUAUUUGCCAAAAUCUUUGAAUGAAAAAACUAAAUAAACAGCAUGUAAGAGUUCUUAAUCAAUUCACAGCUCAAGGCCAUUGAUCCAACCAGAAUGACAUUUUGAUCAGCGAGAGUUGGCCUAG